AUGCUUCCAGCACAUGCGAGCUCCACUGCAGCGGAGGUAGCAGGCCUCCACCUCGCCGUCGACCUGCUAACGGAGGAACCCCCAGAGACACUAGCAGCCAUCUUCUGCGACUCGAAGGCAGCUCUCCUGAGCCUGCAAAGGCCGGAGAGGGCGAGCCUGGGGGUCGCCCUCCUCUCAACGCGACUGGCGACACUUCAGGAUGCAGGUUGCCCGGUGUCCCUGCACUGGAUCCCUGUUCACGUAGGCAUCCUGGGCAACGAGGAGGCUGAUGCCCUGGCCAAGAGUGCCCACCACGGUGACGUCCCCCUGAGUACGGCAGUAACAGCCGCGGACUUCACCAGGCACCGGCUGCAGCGGCACCUCCAGGCGUCCCAUCCCGACAAGCGCGUGUCCCUGGGACACCCCCCACGGCAGCUCCCGCACCGCGGCCUUGCACGUAGGGAGACCUUGCUCCUGCUCCGGCUGAGGAUUGGCUGCUGCUGGACAGCAGCACGGCGCCACCGGCUCGGACUCGCCGCCUCGCCUGCCUGCGCCUCCUGCGGCGAGCCAGAGACGCUGGAGCACCUCCUGCUGGCCUGCCCGGCGUACAGCCAACCCCGCGGACAGCUCCUGCAGGAAUUCCGCCGCCUCGGAUUUCCUACCGCGCGACAGGAGGACAACUUUUCCCCCGCCGAAACCAACUCUCGGCCCUGCUCAGCGUAG